AGACAGACAGACAGACGGACAGAGAUCAGAUGCAGCAGGUGUUGGCAGUUGUAUAUCAUGCAGGAUGAUGCUGGUGUGAAGCUACAGCUGUUGGUUUGAGCUCUUCAGUCUCUCCGAGGGCAGCCAUCUCCCACCUGGUCAAACUCGGUCAGAGUGAAGGACUCGUCCGGUGCUAUGGCUCCCCUCGUAGCGGAUCUGCAGAGCUGGGUGGCGGGCGGAGGGUCGACUCUCACUUCGGCUCUCUCUCUCAUCUUCCUCCUCGUCAUCAUCGUCAACCUCAUCAACCUCUGCACCACCUGCCAAAAGCAUACCUUUGAACUGGAGCAGCCGAGUGCAGGGGUGGAACGAAGCUCUUCCACGCUAGUUAGAGUGGUUAAACUGGAAGACGCCCGAGCUGCAAGGGAAAAUCCUGCCAUUGAUGAAAUCAAGAGAGAUGAAGAGGAGCUCAGCACUAUUCCUGAGGGCAACGGCGCGGCUUUAACGCCCUGGAGAAACCACACAUCACAACGCAGUGAGUUCCCAGAGGACUCGCAGGUGAGCAACGGAACACCCGCCGGACUCACUGUGACAAAUGGCGGCGGCAAAAUGGAUGGCACAGCUACCACCAGGCACGAGCUUCACUCCACACCAAUGAUAGCUCCUCAUAGAGAAGUGGAAUCGCACGUGCAGUCGGCUCUUCCAGCAGUCUCAGUGGUCAGUCCCACUCACAGCGAGCCUGAGGGGUCCUUACAAGGAUGGGCAAAAGCGCAACCCGAGCUGAGGGCCAACCACUCUGGCGAGGUCACCUCCGAGCAUCCUCCGAGCUUCUUCCAAAUUCCAGAGGUCCGCUCACAGCAUGACUACGAGACCAUUUCCAACAUAUUAAAACAAGCGGCUCCAGAACUGUCUGAGAGCUCGGGGGAGCCGCUGGACGUGCCCUCCUACCAGUUUGUGACGCAGUUGGAACCCUACGCCACGUCGCUCCCCGACCCCACCCACCUCCCCCAGCACACCCUCACCGUAAAGGUGGAGGAGAUCGCCGACCUGGAGGACCGGCACUCCAAGGCCAUGUACGCCAGGGUGAGCAGACGGAUCAAGUGCCCCACCCCACCCCCAGUUCCCCCACCUGAAGACGAGGAUGAGGAAGAGGAAGGGGAGAAAGGAGAGGAAAUUGCCCCUCCACUACCAGACAGAGCCCUCGACACAGACAAAUCCAUCUCUCAAUAGACAGCUUGAAUGUGGCACCAUCUACUGUUAUUUAUAUGCAUGUAUUCGUAUCUUGUCUUUCCAAGCAUUUUAUUUUGUGGGUUAUGUAUUGUUUAAUAUCUUAUUGAUAAAUAUAUAUAUUUUAAAGCACUCAAUUCAAACUGAAAAUGCACUUGAAGUGUUGACAUGUUCUUACGUUAGAGACAGGCUGUCCACAAAUUCAUGAGAUCAGUGGAACCUGUCAACUCAGAUAUAAGGCUUCCGUAUCAUUCACAGUUUCUACAAUUCUGACACAUAUUCCAGUCAUCAAUAAAAUUCAAAUGUAUUAAAUAAACACAUAUGUUAAUUCAGAUGUCACUUAGGCUGACUGUAUUACCUCAAAUCUAACUUCUGAGGUCAUACAAGUACAACUUUCAUUGGAAAAGAAAAAAAUAAAUGAUAAUAAUUGAAUGCAGUUAAAACAUUAGGUUUGUAUAACUAUUAUUAUUGUGUUACAUCUGAGAUGUGCUAUUGUUUUACCGGCAUUGUUCCAUGUUCUUGCCACAAAAUGAUAUAUAGGGCAGCAUCUGUUCUGGUUUGAUUGGACAUGGUGACCUUUGACAUGAAUAAAUUAAGAAAAGAACUUACGCGCCCAUGGUAAGUAAA